AACCAGUGAAAAUUUCUGUCCGACAUGGCGCCAAAUGAUAGGUGCCCUGUUGUCUUUUGUCAAUGGAUACAAUGCUUGUGACUACUCUCCCCAUCAUGACAGUUUGACACUAAAGUCUGGCCAUGUCUGCAGCCAAAAGUAAGAGAGGCCCAGUCCAGGAGGACAGCCCUGAGUCUGGAAAAGGCAGGUCCAAGAAGAGACGAGUAAGCAGUGAUGAACAUGAUGAUGAUGAGGACAGCAGAUGUAUGACUGGUCCUAGUAAGCUGUCCAAGGAUGUAUGUUACAGACACAAUGGGAUGAGGACACCAGCAUACACUCAACAGAACAAACCAGCAGAGCUGUUCCGAAAGGACCUGAUCAGUGCCAUGAAGCUGGCUGACUCAGAACAGCUCCAGCCAGAGGAGUACCUGCUGAUUCAAGACCCCUGGAGGCAAGACUGGGAGAAGGGAGUGCAGGUGCCAGUCAACCCAGCUCUUAUACAUGAUGCUAACAUCAAAGUUGUCAGUGAGAGACCAAAGGUUGGAGAUUUCAAAAUGCCACGUAAAUUUCUUCAUGCAACUCAAGAUGAAACGUACAAGCAAGGAUUACAUGAGCUAACCGGUAUGCAGCAACUAGCUGAGCAGGUGGUCAGAUAUGACCUCGAUGACUUUGAUGCCUGCUGGCUGAAGAUGGUGAAUGAAGCCAGAGAAGAGACAGGUGAGGUUGCUAUUUAUGAGUGGACCAUGGAGCGAAUCAUGGAAGAGUUAGAGAAACAGUGCCAUGAAAAGAUGGAGAAAACCAUUAAGACAGAAGAAGGCUUGGGGAUAGAGUAUGAUGAAGAUGUCAUAUGUGAUGUUUGUAGAUCUCCUGAGAGUGAAGAGAACAAUGAGAUGGUGUUUUGUGAUGGCUGUGAUAUAUGUGUGCAUCAGGCAUGUUAUGGUAUUCAGACUAUACCAGAAGGUAGUUGGUUAUGUCGGACGUGUGCUUUGGGAAUCAAACCUACUUGUAUCCUCUGUCCCAAAAGUGGAGGAGCCAUGAAAUCUACAAAGAGUGGAACAAAGUGGUCUCAUGUAAGCUGUGCCCUGUGGAUUCCUGAAGUCAGUAUUGGUUGUGUAGAAAAGAUGGAACCUAUUACAAAGAUCUCACAAAUACCAGUAAGUCGCUGGGCCCUGGUAUGCUGUCUGUGUAAAGAGAGAACCGGUGCCUGCAUACAAUGCUCUGUCAAGACCUGUAAGACCGCCUUCCAUGUCACCUGUGGUAUUGCCAAUAAUCUAGACAUGAAAACUAUAUUAGAUGACUCUGAUGAGGAGGAUGGAGUCAAGUUGAAGGCAUUUUGCCCUAAGCAUACAAAAGGACGAGACCGAACCAUGUCCGACUCAGACUUGGAUUCACCCUGCAAGGAGGGGUCCCCCAGGAAAGAUCUUACUAAGGAGGAGAGGGAAGGUUUACGAAAGGACAGGUUGAAACAAUUAGAAGACCAGUUCUACACACUCAUUGACCUGAAAAGGGUGGCUGACGCUCUUAACCUGCCUCUGGAUGUCAUUGAUAUCAUAUUUACUUUCUGGAAAUUGAAGAGAAAGAGUUUGUUUGACAGACCAUUGCUGACUCCAAAGACUGAAGAGGCAGAAAUACUGGAAAAACAACAGGAAGACAGUCUUGUGGCUCGUAUGAAGAUGUUUGUUCAUCUGCGCCAGGAUUUAGAGAGGGUGCGCAAUUUGUGUUACAUGGUGAGCAAGCGGGAAAAGAUGAAGCGUUCAUAUUUCAAACUGAGGGAGAAUGUCUUCCUGGCCCAGGUGAAAACCUUGACACAGGGGAACAUCUCAGCCAGAGAGGUAAACAAAGUGAAAAGGUUGUACCAUGACCGUAGUGUGUACGGGAAGCCCCGCCCACAGCCCCAGUCCUCCUCAGCAGAUGAGGCACCCUCCACUAGUCAUCCUACACCUGUCUGGAGCUUCAGUCGCGAAGGCACGCCCCUCAGCUCCUGUAGUGCCACCUCAGAGCCAGAGGUGAGAAAGUCUUCCCGGAGACGGAUAUUAAGCCCUAAGCUGCGGGACAUGCAUGCAGCAUUUUCUGACACGGGAAGCCAGGAUGGCAGCCUGCUGGGAAGCGAGGAUGCAGCCAGUCAGCAGGGAAGUGUAGCCAGCAGUGAGGACACGGCCAGUAACUCUGGCUCAGAAAGUGAAACAAGCCGGCCUCGUGACACUGGUAGGCGGAAACUGCUGCUGAAUGGAAGACUGUCCCGGCCAUAUAGGCAUAGGCGGAAACUUCAUAUCGCAGACCAGCCUGAUGUUAAUCCCAGUGUGAAAACAGAAAUUGUGGAGGAGGAUAUGGAGUUGUUAGCAAGCUCAGAACAAACUGAGAAACUCCCCCGUGGUAAUGAUGCAGGCUCAGUUUUCUCGUCCAUGACCAACCACAAGGCUUCUCCUGUGACCAGGGCUGCUCUACGUUCAGACAAAAUCAGCCCAAGUUCAGAGUCGGACAAAACUUUUAUAAAACAAGAGGAUCCUUCUUACUCAAACUCUAGAGACUCUUCACCAAAAAGGAGAGUCAAAUCUCAUGUUCAUCAGAACUCCUUGUUAGGACAUCGCAACAAGGUGUAUAGAAAUGUUCGGAAGACUCGCCAGUCCUCUGCAUCUCCAGAAUCUACAGAAAAUAAACCUGAAAACUUGAAUAGUGAAUUAAGACAGCCUAAGGAUAAGACCCCUGUAACGCACAGACAGAGUGUUGAGAAACAUAUAGUACCAGUAUCGCCCACUAGUGAAAAUAUUAAGAAAGAAUUAAAAGAUGUCCUUGAGAAAUCUCAGCUUGUGGUGGAUGAGAAAAUACGAGAAGAAGUCCAGGAGAGGCUUCUAAAGUCGGCAGGCCCAAAGUUGUACAUGAAUGGUUUGCAGGGGAAAUCCCCAAGACGGCACGAUUCCGUGUACGAUUCAAAACUGACACGCAGUAAUAUGGGGUCGGCCAAAAGACCAAUGUCAUUUUCUCAAGCGCUUACUCCGACGAAGGUUUCUAACACGAGCAAGGUGCUGAAUGAGAUCUCGCCCACAUACGGGCGUAGUGGUGUGGAGAACAAAGACUGGUAUGGGACUAACACCUCGCCCCGGGGCAGUCUGAGUGGCUACAGAAUACCAAAGAAGUCGAAUCGUACGCCGAGUCAGAGCCCUGCUGACCCACAUGACUCUACUACUGUGUCUAGUCCCCUGACGCCAGGCGUUCUGGAAACACGGAGUAAUAUUCGCCGAAAAAUAGAAUCAGACAUGGACAAAACCAUGGAACGUGAUCAAAUCAUCACACGAAGCAGGGAGAGCACUCCGGAGAAGUCAGAUUCUAUUAAUCGCAGACUGACGCGAAGUCAUGGCCACGAGAACAUGGAGGAGGUAUUAACAGGCCGAUCACGGGCUGGGGAUAGUCUCCAGUUGUGGUCCUCUGGGACGGGUUAGUUUAGACUUGGGGAGCCCCCCUGAAAAUGCCAUUUACCAGCACUCUCUAAUGAAAUGUCUUCUCAUUUCCUUGUUUCAUUUAGGUUGACUUUACCGUAAGAUUUUCAGUGGGAUGGACAUACAUCUAAUUCCAUAAGUUUACAAUUUUAAGAGCAAAUUUCAUUCAUUCAUUCAUUCAUAAGUCUGCCGAUGUGUUAAAAAAUUGAUAAAGAGUUCUUCUGGUUUUCACCCAGAACUAGUGCGAUAAAACAUGUAUGUAAUCCAGUGUCAUACCAUGUCAUUCCUAUAAAACCAGAUUUGCCGCUUAUUUAUGGGAAUGCCUGUUAUGCCUGUUCAAAUACAUAUUAAGUUAUUGCAGACGUUGCAAGAACUUAAUUUGAGGCUUUCAUUAUUUUAUCUCAAUUUUACAUCUGUAUAUGGGUGUAUUCUGCAUGCCGGUCACUGUUGACAUAUAUCAAAAUUUUUAACAUGAUACCUGUCCUGCUACACGCGAACGAUCCAUGGCGCUCAGAGCUACCGGUCUUCACAGCUUAUUUUGUUCUCAUUUUAGUCCUCCCUAAAGAGCAAACAUUUUCUCAGGCAAAUCUGCAACAAAGUGAUCCUUUGUGAUUCAUUCAGGACAUUGUAUCAUUGAAUGAACUUAUUCAUCCUAUGGUUUUAGCACGAUAUCUAUUUUACCCAUUUGUUAACAGUGUUAUCAUUUUCAUUGAGCAUACUUAAAAUGUUAAAGCUCUUUUAUUUAUACGUUUCUUGGAGUUGAUCAUGGUGCAGGUUGCAAUUACAUCUGUCCGUAAUUGUCUGAAAAGAGGUUUAGCUCUGAACCAUGCAGGGCCAGUGCUUUUGCACCUUAUUUUGUUAAAUCUGUAUUCUGACUGGUUUGUUACUUUCUGCUCUUGAGUACCAUUGAUGCUGGAAAUAUUUAUAUAUGAUCCACUGUUUACUAAAUAGAUGUACAAAUCCUGUCAAUUAUACAGUGAAGAAUAAAUCGCAGUUUCCUUCACGGCUUUGUGAGAAGUGAGCUGUCAUAUUGUAUAUAUGGAAAAAAGGCAGAUCAGCACCAAAUUGAUGUACAAAUUGUCAAUAAACACCAGUAAAACGUCAGGA